AAAAGGAAUUGGACCAACUCGGAUUCAACUAAAUUCGGCACCAAAUCGAAACGAUUCCACGCCAAGAACCACGUCCCGAAACGACAUUGCUUAAAUUAUCAUCUUUUGUCGGAUCGGAAAUUAGGAGGGUUGUCCGGAAAUAGGAAGCAGUUACCUUGGAAGACGCAGCGAAUUUCGGUGGACGAGUUGGGUUGUCCUCGCGAACGAAGAAAAGGAUCGAUUUUUAUCGUGUGAUUGACUGAUACCGACGAAAGGGGUCGUGGGUUUGAAGGGAGGAGGGCAUCCGUGGGAAUCCUCUCGGGAAAAAAAUUUAUAAAUUUAGAAAAAAAGGGGUCUUUGUUUUCUUAAAUAAAGUAGGGACGGAUUGAUCCUCUCGCGCUCCCGUUGCUCUUCGUCUCCUGAAUGCCUUAACCAGUGUUCAGGAAAAUUGUGGCGGUUUUCGUGCGGAGGAGCGAGGGCUUUUGUAGGUUAUGAUGGAUCCAUUGGGUAUGAGUCGAACCUAAUAUGUGAUUGUCAUCAGCAAGUCGACAUUAAUGAAGCAAGUGCGGCACUGUACAUAUGCACCUGCAUUAUUCUGUUUCUGAUGGGCCAAUCCAUUAAGGAAGACCUGUUCUCUGGGAUUCCUCUGGGGAUUACCCUUGCCCUGCCCUGCUGCCAUUUGUUCUGUUGAAUGAGAUUUUCCAAUAUGGCGGUAGCUAUUGAUCAGCAUCAUGGAUUCAGGCCACCAAGCCGACCUCAGAGAUGCAAACUUCAAUCCUUCACUCAUCUCGACUUCACUGUAAUUGAUCUUGGCCAAACCCAUCUGGCCCGUUCCUCGAACCAAGCAUUUGAUGUUGCUCAUUUCCACCGAUGCUUCUCCACCCCUUGCCUGUCCUUGACCACCCAAGUUGAAGAUGACUUUGAUAGGAAUCCGCAAAUUGAGAUUCUUGGUGGCUGCAGGGCCUUCAGAGCUCGCGCUCUAGUUGUAGAGGUUGCCAUAGCAAUGGCUUCUGGGGUCAAUCCUGUGCCAGUGUCGAGUGGACUUGGUGGAGCAUACUACAUGCGUGGCCGAGAUGGGCAUGACAUCGCCGUGGCAAAGCCUGUUGACGAAGAACCUUUAGCUUUCAACAACCCCAAAGGCUUCAGGGGUCUGAUGUUAGGCCAACCUGGCAUGAAACGAUCCAUAUGUGUUGGCGAAAGCGGCGUUCGAGAACUGGCUGCAUACAUUCUUGACCAUGAUGGAUUUUCCGGUGUUCCUCCAACUGCUUUGGUGAAGAUCUCUCACGUUUUUAAUGAAAAUGAUGCGUCGCCGACAUCAUUAGCACCCUACAAGAUCGCAUCGCUACAACGCUUUGUGGAUCAUGAUUUUGAUGCUGGAGAAUUGGGUCCCUCUAGCUUCUCGGUAACGUCGGUUCAUAGAAUUGGGAUCUUGGACUUGAGGAUGCUAAAUCUUGACAGGCACGCAGGAAACAUUCUGGUUAAGAAACAUCUGAACGAAAUUUCUACUGCUGGGUCACUGGAACUUGUGCCGAUAGAUCAUGGCCUUUGCCUACCCGAGUUCCUUGAGGAUCCUUAUUUUGAAUGGCUGCACUGGCCUCAAGCCUCUGUUCCUUUUUCCGAUUUAGAAGGCGAAUACAUAUCCAACUUAGACCCCUUUAAGGAUGCUGAGCUUUUGAGGACCGAGGUUCCUUCUCUGAAGGAGUCCUCUGUCCGGGUUCUCAUCCUAUGCACCAUCUUUCUAAAGCACACCGCAGCUGCUGGCUUCUGUCUUGCAGAUAUAGGUGAGAUGAUGACUCGCCAGUUUUCUUGUGGGCAGGAGAGUCUUAGUUUAUUGGAGGAGCUGUGCGUUCAAUCCAAGGCCAGCAUGCUGAUUACUUUGGGCGGCGAUGUGCCUGUUGAUGAAACAAACGAAGGAGACGACCUUGAAGCUACUCAGUUUGUCAUGGAAAAUGAUGAUGACAUGAAGGAGGACUUGGACCUCCCUGAGACGGCUAGGCCACGUAAACUUCCCAGGUUUUUAUCUGUCAAGUCAAUGUCUGGGCUGCCUGAUGUGUUAUUAUCUCCAAAAAGGGAGGAAAACGACACCCUGAAUUGUGAAUACGAGUUUUAUGCGAUGGAAGACGAUGGGGUUGAAAAUCAUGACGAUGCCAUCAACCGUCCCAAGGUGGGGGCUUUCAACCGGAGCAUGAGUUUUGCAGUGCAGCAACACGACAAUGAGGGCGAGGGGAUCUCUUUCGGAGAUAUGAGCGAAGACGAGUGGGUUCUGUUCCUCGAAAUCUUCGAGAAGCUCUUGCCCGAGGUCACGGAGAACGCUAGAUGCAACAGCUCGAAGCAGAGGUUGGGAACUUCUUGCGACUUCUGAGGAAAUCACCAAAGCAAUAGACGAUUUAAAGAUCAGCAAAAAGAUAGAAAGAAGCUCGGACACAGAUCGCUUGUAAUUACUGUGGACUAAUUUUCCUUUUCUGUUUCCCAAAUGACUUGCUAGUAUAGAUUGUAGAUAAUGACCAUUCGGGGCCUGACGUGAGAGGAAAAGCGAUCGGCAAGUCGCCGUCCUUUCCUUUUUCUACUGUAUCACGCGGUUUCGUCCUCAUUUUGUAACUAUCACCAUGCAAUUAUAUCAGUGUGUAUUGUAUUGUGUAUAAGCUCAUUGCCCCAUUUA